AUGGCCUCCUCGCAGCCCUCCAAAGCCUCUCCUCAGGCCUACGAUCCUGAAAUCACCGAUAUCGCCUCCUACGUCCACAACUACAAGAUUGACUCGGAACUUGCCCUCGAUACUUCUCGUUAUAUCCUCCUCGAUACGAUCGGAUGUGGUCUGGAGGCCCUGCGCUUUCCUCAGUGCACCGCUAUCCUAGGCCCUGUUGUCCCGGGAUCCAGCAUUCCUCAUGGAACUCGGGUUCCGGGAACACCUUAUGAGUUGGACCCAGUGAACGGUGCUUUCAACAUCGGUGCUAUGAUCAGGUGGCUGGAUUAUAAUGACUGCUGGCUGGCUGCCGAAUGGGGUCAUCCUUCGGACAAUCUUGGUGCUAUUCUUGCGGUCGCUGACUGGAUGGCCCGCACAAACAGAGCUGGUGGUAAGGUUGGCAAUGGCAAGAUUCCCACCGUCAAAGAUGUUUUGGAAGGCAUGAUCAAAGCCCAUGAGAUCCAAGGUUGUCUGGCUCUGGAGAACUCCUUCAACCGAGUCGGCUUGGACCAUGUCGUUCUCGUGAAGGUGGCGUCGGCUGCUGUGGUGAGCAAAAUGCUGGGUCUCGACGAGGCUCAGACUGCUGCUGUCGUCUCUCAGGCAUUUGUCGAUGGGCAGAGUUUACGAACCUACCGACACUCACCCAACACCAUGUCCCGCAAGUCGUGGGCUGCUGGAGAUGCCUGCCAGAGAGCUGUGAACCUCGCAUUCAAGGUCCUGCAGGGCCAAGCCGGUGUCCCUACGGUGCUGUCAGCUCCAGUCUGGGGUUUCUAUGAUGUUCUCUUCAAGGGCAAGAAAUUUGAGUUCCAGCGUCCCUAUGGCUCCUAUGUCAUGGAGAACGUUUUGUUCAAGGUGUCGUACCCGGCCGAGUUCCACUCGCAGACUGCUGUUGAAGCUGCACAAAAGAUCUACAAGAUCCUUGCCGAUAUGGGCAAGUCGGCGAAGGAUAUCAAAGAAAUCACCAACCGAACCCACGAAGCUUGCAUCCGUAUCAUCGACAAGCAAUUCAAGCCUAUGGACAACUUUGCCGAUCGAGACCAUUGCGUUCAAUAUAUGGUUGCCACUAUGCUGUGCUUCAACCGCUUGGAAGCUACCGACUACGUCGAUGGCAGCGAGGCCGCCACUUCUCCUCUCGUGGAGGACCUUCGGAAGAGGAUCAAGUGUGUUGAGGAUCCUCAGUUUACCAAGGAUUACCACGACCCUGCAUUGAGAACGAUUUCCAAUGCUCUGACCGUCACGUUGAAUGACGGCACUGUGCUUGAUGAAGUUGUGGUGGAGGCUCCACUUGGUCACCGUUUGCGAAGAGAUGAGGCCAAACCCGAGAUUUUGGCCAAGUACAAGAGACAUUUGAGCCACCACUUCCCAGAGGCCAAGAUCAAGGAGCUCAUGGAGCUGGGCACUGAUGCCUCGAAGCUGGAUUCGAUGGAGGUUGACAAAUAUGUGGAUCUAUAUGUCAAGGAGAAGAUGGAGUGGUAG